GACCGUGUCAGUCACGACGGUGUCUGCGAUCCGCUCACAGACAACCAGUUGCCUCGAAGACUUGCGAAUGUAAACCUAUCUACUACCUAACACUCCAAGCUUAGAGGCAAACUUCACGGCCAUCGUCAUUGUGUUGGCCUGACUGCCAGGUUCUGUGCAUUCCUCGGGGCAGUACUGUGUGUCACUCAAAAGCACUUUACGGACAGUGUUCACCGCAACAGGGUUUGAUUCACUUACUGACAAACGGCCAUCUUUCGCCGCCAUCAAUAUAUAGUACCGAACGACAUGAGUCACUCGCUCAGAACAUAAAAGCUCCCCUCUGCUUCGGUCUUCACUGCUUUUUCGUCGUCUCGCGGUUUACUACACAAUGUUUGCCACGUCGCCCCUGUUUGUUCUCCUCUCGAUUGCUGCUGCAAGCGCUUUGUCUGUGAUUCCUAGGUCUACUUCCGAUGGUGGAAGUUGCGAUUCUCUUCGGAAUGCUUGCAACGCCAAUACCACCGACCUCGCGUUCUUCUAUAACAACACGGCUUGUGUCUUGCUGACCACCUGCACCGCCCCUACCGAGACUCCUGCUUUCGUUCUCCAUGAAAUGGGUGCUCCUGCCACUCAGCCGCGGAUGACGGAGAGCUUUUUCUAUACUAUGUCUGGUGGGAAGGAUUAUAUGUCUGAAGUAGACUAUAUCAAUGCGUACUACGGCCAAAUUGCGAUUACUCCGAAUGGCACAUACCCUUCAAGUGUCGACGACGUCACCCCUGACUGGCUCAACAUUGCCGCUUGGACGGGAUUCUGCGACACUCUCAACAUUCCAUACUCCAAUUUCGCAGACUGGUUUGAAUACUCGGAUGUCGCUGGUGUCUGUCCGGCUGUCUCUUCAUGCGACGCUUCCAUAGCCAAUACAACUACUCCCUGUGUGCCUCAGCCAAUCACUGAUAACGGAAGCUGCGCCGAGGUAGAAAGCCAGUGCCAGCUGUUCGUUACAGGUGGUCUCUUCCAGAAUGAAAUAUGUGUCCUUGCAAGCAUGUGCUACGCGGAGUCGACUACAGAUGUGUUGCUCAGGAAAAUAUAUAAUUACAAUGGUCAGCCUGCCCCUACAACGCAAUCAGAAGCGCGUCUGUCCGAGAGCGUCUUUUAUAACAUGACCAACGGAGCACAAACUAUGUCCUUACAGAAUGCCAUUGAUGCUUAUUAUAAUGCACUGACUGGCACAUGGACGAGUCUUGGUGGACCUUUCGGUGCUGAAACUCCGGAGAAAACAACCACUGACGGGCCUUACCCUACAAGCACUGAUUAUGUCUCUAACUUCUGGGGCAUCAUCAGUGCUUGGACAGGUUUCUGCGAUACCAUGGAGAUCCCUUAUGAUAACUUGGCCGACUACCUCAGCUAUGCCUCCUCCAGUGGAUACCAUCCAACGUGCUAAUCAGAUUAUGUCAACUUUCUCCGAGUUUAUUUUUCAGGGCUCCAAGUGGAACAUGGACUAAAUGGACUAUAUCUUAUUUGCCUUCGUGGCUUUGUGUAUCACGGAUCUUUUUGAUAAUAUAGAUCAUGAUUAUUCUCUGGAGUCUAAAUUCUACGGUGGUCGUUUGAAAUUAUAGUUCCGUGCUGGGAUUGAUUGAUUAACCAUGAUGUUGUCUCUUUCGUCGCUGACCAUAGAACUAAUAAUUUUGAAUAGUAUAUUUCUGCACUGUC